CCUGAGAUUGUGUUACAUGAACACAUUACACAGUCUGUAGUCUACACAUCAUACAUCUGCCACGAUCUGCUGCUGUUUGGGUUGCAGUGGAAUAGGAGGGUCCAUAGUGCGGUGGGACUGAAGUAGCAGGCGAGCGAGGUGGCAGUGGCACAGCAGUCGAGGGAAGGGCGGCACAGUGAAGGAACGCAGCCGUGGAGCGCGCUGUGCGCACCGGAGGGACGCGUUGAUUGACAGUCUGAGGCACGGAGCGCCCCGUGUGGCACACAAGCGGAGCACGCUAAUCUCCCCGUACCGGUCUUGUCAAAGGCAUCUCUGUGAAAUACCAACCAGAUCAGCCUGGCUCAAAUAAAGGAGUCUAUCCAUCCCCUGGGCUCGUUAUCGGAGACUUCUCACCGAACAAACGACUAACGAGGAAGCGGCAGUUCUGCGACCCUAUCCCACCCUGUCUUCACCUGUUCAGUCAUAACCGGACACAGUCAGGACUAACCUGGCGUCUCAAACUAUCCUGGAAACGGGAGUGGGUGGACUAAAAGGUCAGGUUGCACUUUGCAGUCUGAGCCAAAGAAGAUUUUCUCGAUUUAUUGCAUGGACUGCGCCCGGUUCUUUCGGGAUCGUUUUGGGGUUAUUUAUUUUUGUUUGUUUGUUUUUUGGUACAUGCUUAUAAUUGUGAUGCGUCUGUGAGACAAAUUGCAAAACCUGUAGCCUGAAAAAUCCUUUUUAUUCUUUUUUUUUAACGGAAUAACGGCCAGAUAUCCAGAAGACUCUCGGGAGGAAAUUAAGUUCCAUUUUGGUGCGUAAUCUGUGCUGUGUGUGAGAUUGCUGAGCCGCAGAAGUAGUUGUGCCUCCCUUCUUUUUUACGUUCAUUACUCAUUUUUUCCCCACAUGGAGUAGGCUGAAUCACUGGUAAAGACUUCAAAAGAGCGGUUUUAUUCUCUGUGGCCUGGAACACGCAGGCGGAUCUGAUGUGCAGAUUCUCCGUAGGAUGGUAAAUGACCAAUGGGGAAUCAUGAACAGCUCUUCUGAACUCGAAGAUGGGACUCGGCAUAAAAACCAGACGUUCUGUGAGUGUGUGCCCAGCUCCUCCCAGCUCAAACACCGCUGGUCAGACUCAGAAACUGCCAGGGAGACCCCGGCCAAGAGGAUGAGCUGCAGCUACCUGCUCUGCACUAUCCUGCUCUUCGUGGCCGUAUUGCUCGCUGUCACUGUAACUGGCACCAUCCUUUUUAUGAACCACUACCAGGCCCCACCUAUGUCCGAUGGCCUACCCCACAUCUCUACCAAUCAGGAUGAAGCCAAUGCCCUGGUUACUGUUGAGAGAGGCGAUGGCUCCCGCAUCAACAUCUUCAUCGAUCCUAACUGCCCCGACUACAACAGUAACUUUUUACGCUUGGAGGGUGUGCAGACCUCACUGCUCCACUCACUAACCGACCACGACUCUGACCUGAAGUCAGUGAAAGGCCAGGAUCGGGCUCUUCUUGUCAGUCUGGCUGAGGAGGUGGCCAAGCUGUCAGCCCACGCGGGGCAACUGAAAAUGGACUAUGAAUCCCUACGCAGGGGCCAGGGCAGCCUGGGGCAAGAUCUGAACACACUGCAGACUGAGCAGGGACGCCUCAUACAGCUGCUGUCAGACAGCCAGAUCAACAUGGUGAAGGUAGUGAACUCAGUGAGCGAUGCUCUUAAUGCCAUGCAGAAGGAGAACGUGGGCCUGAAGGCACGUGUCAAGGCCGACUUGCAGAGGGCACCUGUCAGAGGGGCCCGUUUCAAGGGCUGCUCCAAUGGCUCACGUCCCCGUGACUGCGGUGAUCUGUACGCCAGUGGUCAGAGAGAGGAUGGCAUCUAUUCCGUGUUUCCUGUGCACCAUCCCGCAGGCUUUCAGGUCUACUGUGACAUGACCACAGACGGAGGAGGCUGGACAGUGAUCCAGCGCAGGGAGGAUGGCUCAGUCAACUUCUUCAGAGGAUGGGAGUCUUACCGUGAGGGAUUUGGCAAAAUCACUGGCGAACACUGGCUCGGGCUGAAGCAGAUCCAUGCCCUGUCCAUCCAGGGGAACUAUGAGCUACGUAUCGACUUGGAGGACUUUGAAAAUAGCACCGCAUACGCCCAGUAUGGCACCUUUGGAGUGGGCCUCUUCUCAGUGGACCCUGAUGAUGAUGGAUACCCUCUGACUGUGGGAGACUAUUCUGGCAAUGCAGGUGACUCCCUGCUGAAGCACAACGGGAUGAAGUUCACCACCAAAGACAGGGAUAACGACCACUCGGAGAACAACUGCGCCUCCUUCUACCAUGGUGCCUGGUGGUACCGCAACUGCCACACCUCCAACCUUAACGGCCAGUAUCUGCGCGGUCAGCACACUUCCUACGCCGAUGGCAUCGAGUGGUCCUCAUGGACUGGCUGGCAGUAUUCCCUCAAGUUCUCCGAGAUGAAGAUACGGCCCACCCGCGACCCUGAGAACAAAUGAGAUAGACAAAAGAGAAAGAAGAAACAUUUUUGAAACAUUACAAACCACAAUUUCUGACAGCUAGGCGGACUUGUCUUGAUAUUCUUUAUUCACUAAAGCAUACCUCUUUGAGUUUA